UCGCACCAAUCUUUUAUAAGAGUUUCGAACUGGAACCAAAUUUCGUUAGAAAUAUACAUCUGCAAAAAUGGGCGGCAAUUCAAGAAAGUUUAAGAAAGCCGAGAAAAACAAAAUUAAACUUAAGGGCGCUAAACUUCCAAAAGGAACGAACGUAACUAAAACCAACUUUAAAGUGCGCAAAAUUGUACUGCCGGAUCAAAUCAAACAACGAAACUUAUCGGAUGCAGCAGUACUGUCCAAUCGGAGCCUAACGGUUAAGGACUGCCUGGCAAAGUUGAGCCACACUAACCAAACAGCCAAAUGUGAUGGACUUCGAGGUUUGCGAGAAAUAUUGCUGAAACUGCCGAUUGAAGUUACGGAGAAACACCUCAGCGCUACAAUCAAAGCGGUGGUAGGAACGGCUGUCGACUUGGAACGAGACGUUCGACGGGACUGCUUUAAAACUCUGGGGCUGUUGUUUGCAGCGACUGGUCAGGAGAAUAUGGCGCCUUUUUAUGAUGUUCUUUUAUCCUUCCUGCGCUGUGCAAUGACACACAUCCAACCAAGGAUUCAAGAAGAUUCGCUGCUUUUACUGGACGUCUAUCUGCAAUAUCUUCCAGGGCUGGUGUUACAAAAUCGGGAUAAAAUUUUCCCCCAAUUUUUGGACAUGAUAUCCAAACUGAGAAACGAAACAAAACCGGAGAGAACCCUGACAUUGACACUGAACAAACAAACCACAAGUACCAAGUGGAGAACACGGGUUCUUAUGCGGUUAGUAGGAAUGUUAAAAAUUCUGAUCGAUCACAAAACUGGCAAAGAGGAAAAAAUGCCUGAACCUGACGAAUCGGAACCGAUGGAGCUUUCAGAGGAUACCGACCCAUUCACUCCAAAAUCAUCGAAAAAUCUACCCCGACCGAACCGAAUGAAAGUGGACUAUGUUUUUGAUGUGAAUAAAGCACACUAUCCUUUGCCCAGUUACCACCGAUACGAACCGUGUCCUUUGCCAUCCUUAUUUCGACGAUCGAUCGGCGUGACAAAUGUAACCUUUACUGAUCAGCUUGACGAGGGCCGUAAGCUAAAAGCCUACGUUCAAAUGAUAAUGCCAAUAUUGUUCGAGUCAUGGCUGGAAGUUCAUCCGGCAGGUGACAGAACAGAAGCAACGGGCCGUUUACUGUCAUCGGAAGCGCACACGACCCUUGAUUUGCUUCUGGAUAUUGCUAUUCAGCUUUGGGAGCUGGUUCUCAUUUAUGGCCGUGAAACCAAAAAUUCGGAUAUAGCCGACUGGCUGCGAGAGCAAUAUGCUGAAUCGUUCAACGAUCACAUCCUUAAGGGGUUUCCGUACCAUCAAAGCGUGGCGACUUCUAAUAAACGUCGCUUGAAGGGUGGUUCGGAACGAAACAUGAUGGAUGAACAAUGCCAUCAGCAAAAUUUUAACAUUUGUUAUUACUACUGCUGUUUGAACGAAAAUUUUCGGUCUGUUCGAAACAAAAACUACGCUAAGAUUAUCAACUACAUAGAACAAUGCGUUAAUAACUGGAAAUUCCGUUCACCGGAAGUCGGUAUCCAUCUACUGAAGGUUCUCCGUUUUCUGCUACUAGAAACUGACUGCUCAACGGUUAAUCAAAACACUCGCGGAUUAUUGAAAACGCUACUGGAAGUGUAUAUUCAAGCCAAAUUGCCUCCAGCCACGAGAAACAAGAUUCUAAUACUAUUUUGCGAUAUAAUUUUACAAAACGAUCAUCUGUGGCGAGAGUACGGCCAAGACAUUUUCACCCUCUGGCUUCGGAUGUUGCCGAACUUGCUUCGAAAACCGGCGAUCGAUUUUAACGUUUUGCGAGCCUUAAACUGUUUCGGCAAACAGAACAACACUAUCUUCUUGCAGAGUUUGGAGGAAAAUGCGGAAGAUAUCGUUAACAAUCUGCCACUGAUAACGGUUAACGGUGAACAACGCCCGAAUGAGGGUAAAGAAAUGGUCGUGAAUGUACUGUUUUGGAUCGGAAAGCGUAGCACGCUUGAAAAACUGCUGAACAGCGAUCUGGGCGCGCUGAAUCGUGAAACUAAGUCCUAUUUUCAGAGUAUACUGCGUAUACGACUAACGUCUCUUCCGGUUGAGAAUAAAGCUGAGUAAG